GUUUUGAUUUCGUACUUCUUUCACCCGCUGUAACACGUGAAAAAAAUGUGGACAGGUGCAAACAUUCAAUGAAACUGUCAGUCAGUAACAGGGGCAUUAAAAACCAUACACAAAGCACGAGUGGAUGUUUCUUUUUUCGCGUAAUAACUAACUUACCAUGUCAGACAGUGAAGACGAGCCGCAAUUAUCGGCACAUGCAUUAGCUGCACUGCAAGAAUUCUACACGGAACAAGCUGUGAAGGAAGCAGAAGUACAAGAUGUUCUGCGAACAAACAAAGUAGAAGAACUGAAACUCGAUGAAAACUGGCAAUUAAGUCAGUUCUGGUAUGAUGAUGAAACCACUAGAAUCUUGGCAGAAGCAGCAGUGAAGGCAGCUGGUGAGAGUGGAAAAAUUGCUUUGAUUUCCUGUCCAACAUUAUUUCCCAUGAUCAAGAAGACCCAUAAAUCAGUUGUGAAGCUGUUUGAGUAUGAUCAACGAUUUGCAUUAUAUGGGGAUGACUAUAUUUUUUAUGAUUACAAGUCUCCAUUACAAAUUCCAGAAUCAUUUCAGCAUUAUUUCGAUGUCAUUGUUGCUGAUCCACCUUUCUUGUCAGAUGAAUGCUUAUCUAAAACUUGUGAGACAGUCAAGUUUUUGACAAGGAAUAAAAUAAUUCUUUGCACUGGUGCAGUUAUGGAAAAUCUAGCUUCAAGACUAUUGGAUGUAAGGAAAAGCUACUUUCAACCAAAACAUAAAAACAAUCUGGCAAAUGAAUUUUCUUGCUUUACAAACUGUGAGGAAUUGCUGGACAAAGACUCUCUCAAAUCUUUUAUUUAAUGCUGUGCAAUAAAAAUAUUUUUUCUUA